AUGCUCUACACUCUUUACUUUAUCCUCCUUGUGGGCGUUCUUUCAUUGCUCUCCUAUGCGCCUGCCGAUAGACAGAUCCACUACGACCAGAUAUACAACGAUGACAACGGUUACCAGGACGGUAUUGGAUCUUCUUCGUCUCCGUCGUGGUUAACAAGCAGUCAGUCUUCGCUGCAACAAAUCAUCUCUUGGUCAUGGCGAUUCUGGACUGGCCGUCGUCAUCCAGUCUUCGAGCCACCAAAGCGACAUGGUUACUUCUUGCACAUCACCGACCUUCAUAUCGAUGAAGAGUAUAUCGCUGGUUCUACGGUUGAUUCGGACUGUCAUCGCCUGCCCAGCGGCAGCGAUUCGGGUGCUACAGCGGGGCUGCUUGGCACGCCAGGAGAAAAAUGUGAUGCACCUGUCGAACUGGCGGAGAAAACCCUGGAUUACAUUGCCCGUGAAUGGCGCCACAAGAUUGACUUUGUCGUUUGGACUGGCGAUAACUCGAGACAUGAUUGGGACAAGAAAUACCGGCCUCGCAAACGCAAAAAUAUCUACCAUCUUAACGAACGGGUUACAAACAUGAUGCAACGAGCCUUUUGGCCGACAGCACGUGACCCACGACACAUCCCACUUGUGCCUACCCUGGGCAAUAACGACGUCUAUCCACAUAACACGAUCGGUGGACCUAAUGAGGAUGGCGACCUGCUAGACUAUUUUGCACGAUUGUGGCAAACCUGGAUCCCCACAGAUCAACGUGCAACGUUCCGUCGAGGCGGCUAUUUCGCUGUCAAUGUUGGUCCACGACUACGCAUUUUGUCACUUAACACAAUGUACUUUUACCACAAGAACGAUGCUGUAGAAGACUGUGAUGCAUUCGGAACGCCCGCAUACGAAAUGAUUCAAUGGUUCGAGCAUGAGCUGCUCAAAGCCCGAGCUGCACAUGUUCGAGUCUAUGUGAUGGGACAUGUUCCACCUACAACCAAACAUUACCGCCAAUCCUGUUUGCAAGAAUACGUCCGUGUUGCAUCCCAGUUUCCGGAUGUAUUAAAAGGCCACUUCUUUGGCCAUCUCAACAUGGACCACUUUUUGCUACUCGACGCCCGGGAUGAGAACGAGGAUUUCCGCACAUCAUCUAGAAAGAACGCUUCUGCGGUGAUGGAUGAAGAAGAAGACGACGUCCAUGUUACUCGAAACGUCAACAAAUACGUCAAUUGGCUGCGCGACAUGUACGAAGCAAUCGACCCGAUCGACCACAAACGUGCAUCAGCUCAUCGUAUGCCCGUCGUUGCCGUUCAAGUUGCGCCGUCGGUCUUGCCUGUUUAUUACCCCUCAAUCCGGAUCUACCGCUACGAAAUUCAUGACGACGACGACCGCGCACAGUGUCGUCAUCGCGACUUGAAGCCGCACGGCACAUUACUUGAAUACGACCAGUAUUUCUCCAACACGACUCAAUGGGAGCUUGAUCUCGACAGAGACUUUGACGAAGCUCAUUUAGACUAUCAAUUCGAGUACAAUUCCAAAAAAGAAUACGGUCUUGAAGACCUGACUAUCGCCAGUUAUUUUGAGUUUGCCAAACGACUAAUUGACGACGACGAAGAUGGAAACCAGCUAUGGGCAAAAUACUGCCGCAACAUGUUUGUCCAAUCGCUCAAUGAUAGAUUUUCCUAA